AUGGCCCAGGUCAGGCUGGUGCCCAAGAGCCCAGUCAUAUCUGGCGCCGGCCCACGCGCCCCCUUGGUGGUUGGAACUGUUCCGGGUAGUUUCGUCAGGCGGGCGGAGGGGAGGGAGAGGGAGGCGUCCCGCUCUCAGCAGUUGGUUGGAGGCGGUGCCCGGGUCUGCCUUCUUCCUGCUCCGGUGGGACUCCCCCGGCUCGCCCCGACGUGUGAUUGGGUGAAAGAUGGCGCUGCGCGGAUGGAAAUCCUAAUGACAGUCUCCAAAAUCGCCUCCAUCUGUACCAUGGGCGCUAAUGCCUCUGCCUUAGAGAAAGAAAUUGGUCCGGAACAGUUUCCAGUCAAUGAACACUAUUUUGGUUUAGUAAAUUUUGGAAAUACAUGCUACUGCAAUUCAGUUCUUCAGGCACUUUAUUUUUGUCGUCCAUUUCGAGAGAAAGUCUUGGCAUACAAGAGUCAGCCCAGAAAAAAAGAGAGUCUUCUUACUUGCUUAGCUGAUCUUUUCCACAGCAUAGCCACUCAGAAGAAAAAAGUUGGAGUGAUCCCUCCAAAAAAGUUCAUAACAAGACUGCGGAAGGAGAAUGAACUUUUUGACAACUACAUGCAGCAAGAUGCGCAUGAGUUCUUGAACUAUCUACUAAAUACAGUUGCUGAUAUUUUGCAAGAGGAGAGUAAGCAAGAGAAGCAAAAUGGCCGUCUACCUAAUGGCAGCAUUGACAAUGAAAAUAAUAACAGUCCUCCAGACCCAACAUGGGUUCAUGAAAUCUUUCAGGGAACCUUAACAAAUGAAACAAGAUGUCUCACUUGUGAAACAAUAAGCAGCAAAGAUGAAGAUUUUUUAGACCUUUCAGUUGAUGUGGAGCAAAAUACUUCAAUCACUCACUGUUUAAGGGGAUUCAGCAAUACAGAAACCCUGUGCAGCGAAUAUAAAUAUUACUGUGAAGAGUGUCGCAGUAAACAGGAAGCGCACAAAAGGAUGAAAGUGAAAAAGCUUCCUAUGAUUCUAGCUCUUCAUCUGAAGAGAUUUAAAUACAUGGAUCAGCUACAUCGAUACACAAAACUCUCUUAUAGGGUAGUGUUUCCCUUAGAGCUUCGUCUAUUUAAUACAUCAGGAGAUGCAACUAAUCCUGACCGAAUGUAUGAUCUUGUGGCUGUGGUAGUCCACUGUGGAAGUGGACCUAACAGAGGACACUAUAUUGCAAUAGUGAAGAGUCAUGAUUUUUGGUUGCUGUUUGAUGAUGACAUUGUAGAGAAAAUAGAUGCACAAGCAAUUGAAGAAUUCUAUGGGUUGACAUCGGACAUCUCAAAAAACUCUGAGUCUGGUUAUAUCCUCUUUUAUCAAUCUCGGGACUGAAUGUGUCUGCGGUGAAAAGUAACUUCGUAUAUCACUACUUUUCUGGUGUUUGAGGAAAGAAGAAAAUACUCAGGCCUUUAAAAGGGAGAAAAGGAAUGCACAAAGUCAAAGGGAUGGUGGCACAGUUUGCACAGAACAAAGCCAAUGUUUCAGAGAGGCUUUCUUAAACACUUUAUAUCAUGUUCAUUUAAUUUGCUCAGGUGUCACACUGAGAAUGCUGAUCCAUGACAAUUGAUCAGUGGGAACAGAAAUGCCAUCUGCUCUUGUAAGAGCUCACCAUCAAGCAGCUAAAACUUGACUAGAAGAUUUGAUCAAAAGUACAUUCAAGUCAGUGGAAACAUUUUCAUAGUUUUCAGUACACUGAAUUUUGGCCAGUGUUGCACAGGACUGCAACAGAAGCAAUAUAAAUUUGACAUACUAUUUUUGUUUUGUUUCUUAUUAAAAGCGCAAAUGAUUAUCUCUUCAUUUAUUUUUAUUUACUGAGUAUGUAUCUGGGUUUCUUGCACACCUAAUUAGAGUGAGUGAGUUAGCCUAACAGUUGCCUUCGUGGCCAGAAUAAAUUAAUAGAAUUUGGUGUUAGUUAAUAUAAUCAAGAAGGCAAGUAUGUUUUGCUUCUUUUAAGAAGCUUACAUUACAGUAAUAUGUACCUCUAUAAUUGAUAACAGUUUGGGAUUUUAAACUCCCUAUGGGGAAUAACUUGGUUUAUAACUAUAGUUUAUUUUUAUUUAUGUAUUACUGUAACUUCUAGAGGGUUUGUAUUCUUCUCAAUUCCAACAUGUUUUGGAACCUAGUUUUAUAUAUUAGCUUAUAAUAAGAUUUAAAUAUUUUAUUUCAUUGCUCGUCUAAGGGAUUUAUCUCAUUUCUCAAUAAGGAUACGUUCAAAACCUGAAGUAACUGGGGAAGGUGUGGCAUUUCGCUUCUUUCAUGAGGAGCUGAUGACUCCGGCUAUGUCUUUGACAUGAUUUAUUUAAGGAGUUUGAAGUGGGACUUUCCUUUGACCUUAUGAAAAAGAUGACUUGUUUUAUUACAGUGAGAUGCUGGAGCACUGGUGGUAUGCCAGUCUUUCUGUUCUAAGUCUUCUAAACAACUGGCUACAAUAUGGGUCAGAGUUGUUCAUGCUUAAGUCUCAGUAGGACCAGGUUGGCAGUGGUGCAUGUCAUUCUGGGCUUAAUUGUGGCAUUUAAUUAAAAAUGUAGAAUAGCUUCAGAAUAUCUCAGUCGUUAUUCUGUGGCUGCUGCGGAUUUUAUAAUCCCAGAUGUAUGUUGGAUGAAAUGACUCCUUACAGUCCUGUGAUGGCUCUAUCCAGAAAUUUUUUGAUAGUAAUAAAAUUGUCUUUUGAGAUGCGAUUGAAUCACAACAGAUGAUAUGGAAUUGAACUCUUCUGUUAGAAGUGAACUCUCUUCUAAUUGACAUUUCCAUGCAUUAUCAUUGUUGUCUGACAGUGGCUGAAUGUAACUUCUUGGAGAAAAAAAGGCUGGGUGCACAUUUCCAACCAGAGCAGUUAUGCCUUGAUAGAAUGUGUUCUUUGUUUUGUUGACGCUGUUAAAAUGUAGAACUUUUUUUUCUGUCUGCUGCUAUAAUUAAUGCAUAUAUUUUAUCUGUAUCAUUUAGCUCAGGAAAACAACUUCAACAGAUUUUUAACAGGGUCACCAAGUGGGCUACUUUAUUUAACAAAUGUGAAAAUGUAAUGUCAAAUUGUAAAGUUUUUAUAUAUAUAAAAACAAAAGUUAU